UGAUUGGUUGGAAAAAUUGUGGCGGUACUAAUGAAAUAUAGAAGAGUAGACUAGUAAAAUAGUUAUAGGAGAGUAGAAGUUGAGAAUAGAUAGGGCUGAGUUAGCGGAGCAUCAGAGCAUUAAUAACGAACGGGGCUGCCGUUUUUAGAAACAUUCAUCGACGAUCCAAGACUUUGAGACAUAGGAUCCUUGUGUUAUGUAGAGCAGCCAUCAGCCACUGCUCAUCCUCCAAUAUUUUAAAGCUACUAAAGAUGUAUAUUACCAGUCGUCCUCCCCAUUAUGAUAUGCUGUAUACUUGUGUCACUAUAACUGUCAACGAUGUUGUACUGCGCAACCCUUCUCGCUUCCCUCCUUGCGGGUUCGGCGCUUGCGUAUAACGAUGGAUUGGAGAGUAAACUUACCAAUCUCGUCAGGCAGAGGCGGCAAGACGGGACGGACCCCACGCAGCCCGUAGGAACAAACCCGAUCUCGAAAUUCGAGACGCAGUACCUCGGCCAGCAGAACCCGAACAAUAGUUGCAGCCAUCGGGACCUAGGCUUCACGGGCGAGCUGCAGGGGAAAUGGUACGCCGUAUAUGGUGAUACAUUGUGGUGUGCGCCCGGCGUGACAGACCCGAGCGCUGAUCCGGACGGCUUCCACGGCCUCGUCAGGGACGCCGUAUCCCUAAUGACAGACGAUCCGCUCGUUGUGGCAGAUAUGCAUCUCAACGACGACACCCCCGUUCGGCACCAAUUGCAAUUCGUCCCCUUCAACGCGGACUGGGGCGAGGAAAACACGUACGGUUUCGGCGGAACAAGUCUAUUUGAGACUGCCGACGGUGCAGGCGGUGUAUUUUAUCUCGUCAACGCCAACGACGACGGUCUAAAGGGCGCCGGCGUCGCGAAAGUAGAGCUCAUAAACGGAGAACCAACCGUAACCCAACGCUUCGGGGACAACGGGUACUGGUGGCCGUCUAACAACACGCCUCGGUACGGCGACGUAGCUGCGUUCCGGGACCCGCGAUCCGAGUACGUGUACGCAUGGGGCGGGGCGCCGACGUCCGUCGCGGAUUCUACUACCGACGCGCAGUACGUGUACCUACUACGCGUUAAAGCCGCUGAUGCGUACGACUUGGAUCGGUACGAGUACUGGUGGGGCCCGGACUCGGGAUGGAAGACGGGGCAGCCGUUGACGGAGUUCGGCGCGCGGACGGCGGUUGCGUGGCUUAUUGGCCAGGGACAGAUCGUGUGGAGCGAGUUCUACGAAUGCUAUAUUUUUGUGCAUCUAAGUCCCGGUGGUUCAGACGUGCUCCUACGUACCGCAACGUUGCUUGAAGGCCCGUGGACUCCCGAUGUCAAAGUGUUCACAGCAACGCCCAUCGACGGCGGCCUAACGUACGCUGGUGUCGCGCACCCGUAUCUCGACCCAAGCGGUCAGACUCUGACAAUCUCGUAUACCAAUAAUAACCAUAUCGAAGUUCUAAAGGUUACAUUUUCUAGGUAG